GACUCCUGGUAGCUCCGCGUGUCGCGAUCACCGGAGCACAGGCUGCCGCUGCAGAUGGAUCUUGGGGUCCGCUCACCUUGCGGAAGAUGCCUCAGGCUUCACCUCCGGCUGUGCUCCAAACUGCAGAGGACGAAGAGGAAGCAGAAGAUCCGCUAGCGCCUGGCCAAUGGAUCGGGGAUGCCAUCAAUUUUUGCAUCCACGGCGACACUGAGAUCUUGCUGAGGGUGCAUAGAAGAGACUGGCGAGUGGAUCCGAAUGCCUUUGGCCUUCAAAGAGAGGAUGGGGACGGCUGGUAUGGGACUCUCGACGAAAGCAGCCCGAAGAUGGAGGGGACUGCAUUCGCGCCGCUGGGCCCUGCAUACUGGAGCAUUGUGACGGAGCUCCCGCCGACCCCGGAGCAGUUUGCCCGGUGCAGCGACCGGGAGCUUGUGCUCUACGAGCUCCAUCUGGGAAGCUUCACCAGCGAGGGCACGCUGGUGGCGGCGGCUGCCAAGUUGCCGCAUCUCCGUGACCUCGGCAUAACCGCCAUUUCGCUCAUGCCAGUGCAGCAGGACGUGCGGCGCCUGACCAGCGGAGAGUUGGAUCGGUGGGGCUAUGACGUGAUUUCCUUUGCCGCUGUCGAUGCCUCCUACGGCGGUCUGCAGGACCUAGCACACUUCGUUCAGCAGGCCCACAUGCUGGACCUUGCCGUCAUUGUGGACUUUGUUUUCAACCACAUGAUGUGGGGUGCUCAGUUCCUCUAUGGACCGCAUCUCUUCCUCCCGGAGGCGAAGCUGAACAGAAGGUUCUCAACAGCUUUGUCCUUUGAAAUCGCAGACCUGAUCGCAACAGCUCCGUCGCUUGCCGUGCCCACGGAUCCCAGUGCAUCCGAGACACCGGGCACAGAGGGGCUGUCGACUGAAUUGAUCGACCGCCACAGACUCUUGGAGUGCUCCAGAAAGCACAUCAUCCGGAGUGGAGAUUGGCUCUCACCUAUGCAGUGCAUGCGUUACAAACCGCGAAGGCCCUGUGAGCAUGUGGAUGCAAGCGGCCAGCCCGCGUAUCCGUUGGAGGCACCCUGGUGGUGCGAGGAUCCACGCUUCUUUGAGGUGGCCACUGCGAAGGCCCAAAUCCAAAUGCUCUUCAGCAUUUUCUAUUACCAGCCCAAUACCUAUCGGCAGUACCUAGCAUCAGAGGAAUUGAAGAGGAACACCUGGCGCUACCACUGCAAGUAUCAAGCUUGGUUCCAGCGGCAGGAUGUCCCACGGAUUGUGACACCACGAUUUGAGCGGGGAUCCUUCUACUUCUUCGACUUGGAGUCUUUGCAAGUCAAGACCAGGGAUGACUUCACCUUCGAAUAUGCCUGGCUGGAGGGCACAGGGUAG